GUAAGUUUUAAUCCCUAUGAGGAUCGUUUCAUUGGAUUUAAUAUUAAUGUUUUAAUAUUAAACCCUUCAGCACGUUAACACAAUCCAACCAUGCCUUGUGAAGAUGAGGGAUGGUAAUUGAAAGAGAAAUCCAUGCAAAUUCUAAGUAAGUUUAAUGCUUAAAUCCACCCUAUUUGAUGAGUUGGUUUAUUUCAGAUCUGAUCACGGAUCACUUGAACUGUAUUCCAAACAUUUCUUUUUUGCCAAUGCCUCUAUUUUCCUAGAACAAUUAAUGUCACAUAUCCUGGACCCUUGAUGCUAGUUUCAAUAUUGGUUGGUGCUAUUUUGACAUUAGAAGAAUCACUUUACCUUUUAGGUGUUGGUUAAAUGAAAAUGGUUAUAUGCUUUAUGCAGUGCUCUUAUCUUGAUUUGAAGAAGAGGCAUCAUAGAAGAAGGGUUAUGCUGAAGCCUUUAGUAGAUUUGAUUAUGAAAAGGUUGGUGCCUGCAUGAAAGAGCAUGCUCUUCUGCAAAAGUUUCUUCUUGCUGGAAGGAAGACUUAUUGUGCAUUUCAAAAUUAAAUUGGAAGGGCAUAUAGAACAGCACAUUCGAAUGGGAUUUUUCUUGAAACUGGAAGUGGAAAGGUUAUAGUCUACGGUGAUAUUGCCAAGCUUGUAACUAGAUUGUGCUUCAAAUGCAAAUAACAAAAAUAAUAUAGUUUAGUCCUCUAGAUACCUUCUCAAGCAUGCCCUUCUACAAGAGUUUCUAAUUUGAAUUGCAAGUGUUUAUCAACUUGGCUGAGUCAAGAAAAAGAGUAUUUGAGGGGUACCUUUUGUUAAGAAGCUUGAGCCUCCUUCAAAUGAAAAAAGUUUGAUUGCUGCAGAUUAGAAAGUUGCUAUCUCAGGUUCCCAACACUUUGAGAUUUGACCAGCGCGUCCUAUGUACUAAAUUUUCGUCUUGGAGAGAGUAACUCAAUUUUCUCCUACAUUGUGACCUUGUGACCUCUGCUUUUAUGCUUUGAAAGAGACAAAGAUUAGUUGAUCUGCCAUUUCAUUUUUGUAUUCCAAGUUUGGCAAUGGCACAAAUUGUAUUUAAGUUCACAAGUUUCUACUUUGUGGGUCGAUAUAAGAUUUCUCACUUAACAAUAAGGAAGCACAACAUUGGGCGAAAAGCUUAUUUGUGUCCUAUCAGAAUAAUUUAUUUUAGUUGGAACUUGAAGAUUUUGGCAUUUUAAAGCAGUAUUUAAUUGGAAUUUGAGCUUGAUGCCCCAAAUGCUGACAUGCAUCAGUACAUGUAAGCACCUCAUUGGCCCACGUGGCGCUGCCCACGUGAGUAUGUCCCCUCCUCUUGGGCCUGUGGGUGUAUAGUUGGGCCUGCUACAUGUGGCCCGAAGUGGGUUUGGGCCUAAUCCCAACAUUACUCCCCCCUCAGUGUUUGGUUGACGAACUGGGUUGAGAGUCUUGUUAGCACGGUGUUUGACCCUGAGGAUGAGGAGUGAUGUUUUGUGUUCAUGACCAACCUCAUGCACGGCCGAUCUGAGCAGCUUGAAACCAAGGUGGUCGAGUCUGAUGUGUACGUAUAUGCCGACCUCCUACAGAGCAGGCGGCACGGAAGGGGAAGAGAGCGUGAUAUCUGUAGAACCUAUUACUAUGAUUAUACCACCGAAACUGCAAGAUUUGUCGGAAACCCUUACACCCGAGAGCAGCGCCGUUCAAGCGCGGGUGAGGGUUCCGGUGUUAACCCUCCUCCGUCGUCUGAAGGGUCAUCAUCAGAAAAUACUCCCAGCGUCGGAGAAGAUGUAGUGGAGGGUGUAGGUAUCCCCUCGCCAGAAAGUAUGGAGGUGGCCGUGGAAGUGCCCGUGGUUGCAGGUUGGGAGAAUAAAACCAUAGGUGGCAGGCUGAGUAACCUUCGCAAAGCGCCACACGCAUUGACGGCCGGAUUUAGGCUUAGGGCCAACCUACAUCAUGAGGUAGCAGAUUGUGCCACCUCCAUUAAAGGGUACAAAAGACUGGAGUACGAGCUGGCAUUGACACAGUUGAGCCCCAACAGCAUAAAAUUUAUCAUAGGGUUUAUGCUGUUGUGUGCGAGGUUGGAGAUACCUGCAAAGGCAAUCGUGUUCAGAUCGCUAUUCCUAUGCCGACUGAGUACUAUACAAACGAGGUGGUACUACAUCUUUGGGCGCGAAAAAAUGGCGAUCUUUAAGAACGUGAGGAAUAAGGUGUCUCACUGGAAGAGGCAAUUUAUUUUUGUCCGCGAUACACGAACAGAGAGGGUCAGCAACGACCUGGAAGCUCACCUUUCUGAGUGGCGCUCAGGGCACGCGUAUAUGAACUAUCCCACACUAACCCCAAGCGACCUGGAGCUUAAGGACAGGAUAACUAACUAUGUGAAGGGAGAGGGGUUAGUUGAUUUGGAAGCCUUGGUUACCCCCAAGCUGCUUGCUUUGCGUGGGUUUGUGGAUGUCACAAACCUGUUUAGUGAAGGAGAGAUGACACCUCGCAGCUCGUCACAGAGGGAGCAAGGCUCCAACUCGGCCAACUCGGCCAACUCGGCCUCACGGCCACAGGCCGAGCGCAGAGUAGAAACCGUCCCUAUUGAGACCCGGAGGCGCGCUUGCGAAGACUUCAAUGUCGAAGAUAAUGUACCACUAAUUCGACGCAGAUUGAAUACUGGGAGUCAACCCGGAGCGAUGCGCCCACCUGAGGCGCCUGUGGGUAUGCAAAGCUUUGUCCCACCUGUGGACCGUCAGCGCGCCAAAGGUUAUAUUCAGCAGCAUGGGAGCCACGCUGCAAUGUUGAAGAUGAUGGAUGCGCUAAGCUACUUUGUAGCUUUAUUUGAGAGCGAGCAGGCAGCUCCUGUACAAAAUCAAGAGCUAGCUGACAGCUGCAAGCGGUUGACCUCAGAUAAAGCGAGCUUGGAGGACGAGGAGGAGCUGUACAAGGUGAAGGCUAAGAAAGAGACUGGGAUUCAGGCAGCCAUGGAUGAGGUUGUUCGCACUGUAGAUCGCACAAAGAAGGCGGAAGCUGAAAGGGACAGCGCCCUGAACGACCUCACUGCCCUAAAGAGACAGGUAGCAGUGGCCGAUCAGGACCUUGCUCGCGUAGAGGAGGGGCUGAGGAGGGCCAAGACCCAACACCAGUGUUGUAUUAGUAUCGCACGAGCUCAAGGCGCAGAGUGGCUGGUGGGUGCUGACAUGUUCCAGGAUGCCAUGGCUGUGGCUUCCAUGAACACCACGACUGAGAUUUACAAUGACGUUCAUGGUAAAGUGUUAAAGCACCGACCAGACUUCCCGAUCAACAAGCUGGCGUUCUUUGAAGGUGAAGAUCUUGAUGUGGAGGGGAAGAGCCUUGCCGCCCCUGCCGACACGAUAGUGCGGCUCCGUUGGGAGCUAAACGAAGAAGGAGUGCCUAUAUGGCCUCCAUCUGUUUUAGAGGAAGGAGAAGAGUUCGAGAACCUGCCUAGGUUCGACUCCUAGGUAGGUGACACUCCUGCAGAAGAAGCUAAACCCUCAAGCACUCCCCCCGCACCUCAGCCCGUCCUUGCUGCCAUCUCCAUCCCAGCUCGUGUUGGCGCAUCUGCACCCGUUGACUUAACAGAUGACUAGAUUUAGGAUUUUUAUGUUUCGUUUGCUUUUGUAGUUUUAGUAUUUCCUUGUUCAAUAUACGUUUUGUACCUAU